AUGGCUGCCGACCAGUUGCUCCAGUCCAUUGCUCAUUCCACUCCCGGUGAAGAGUGGUUUGACUUUGACAACUCCUUCGACAUCCCCUACGGAGGUGUGGGAAGCAAUCCCACUUCGGUGGAUUCUGUCUCCCCUAAGGAUUUGGAUCUAACUUUUGCCGACUUUGAUGACUGCAAUUGGGGUCCGAGUCCUGGGGUCUGCACUCAGGAGCUAUUCGCUGAUCUGGUCAACUAUGAUGCGCCUAUGGAGGGCUUUGGAGGACAUGCAUUGGACGCCUCGCCAUCCAUGCUGGACCCCACCGGGUCCUUCCACCAGACGCCCGCAUCUCCGACUCCGGGGUUGAUGGGGUCGGAGCUGACUGACCUAUGGUCACAGGAUAUGGGCGGGGUUGACGACCCCUUCUACACCACUGUCCGACAGAUGGUGGAGUUCCAAGCUGCUGCUGAUCCAAGCGCCUUGUCUAGCAAAGAAAAGCGCAUGGAGGCGUCUAUUGCUCUUCACAUGCAACGCCUCCAGGAAGCAGCAAUGCAGGAUCUGGAACUGUCGUCGGACUCGAGCACAACAUUCCCAUCCCCUCGCUGGUCCGACUCUGCAGCAAGCGUUUAUCAGGGUGGCACAUGUACAACCCCAGCUACCACACCUCUGCCCGAUGUAACGCGCACACCAGUCUCGGGCUCUGAGUCUGCAGCUGGGGCCAUGGAACUGGUGCUUGAUCUUAACAUGAACACAACCACGAACGUACCAAAGAAGCAAAAGCCUCGAUCGCAAGCUCAGAAAGAAAACUACAUCAAAGUCCGAAAGCAUGGUGCUUGCGAGAAGCACAGGAAACAACACAAGCGGUGCAACUGUCUUGAGAAGGCCGCCUCCCAAAUUGCUGUUAGCCAAAAGGCUGUUUCUACUUGCAACAUACCAAUCAAGUCGACCUUCAGCACGCAACGACAUGUUCACAGAUCCGAACGAGAAUCUCUUCUUGUGAGCACGGCGCCGACACCAGCCAGUAAGUCAACUGUUUCACAGCCGACAGGAGGCUUGGGUUCAAAGGAUCUUCAAUACGUUCAACUUCGGCAUCGCCACCGUUUGCCAUCCACCCAUACGUCGAUGGAUCCUCAAUAUGGACAUCACUCGCCACACUCAGUCAAGUCAGCUGCAAGCUGUCGUGGCGACGUAGACGUCAAUGGCGGUACAGGUCGUCCGACAACGUUCCAGGGCAGCUCGGGACAACAGCAAUCACCAAGGUCACCUGGUUCCGACCGCAAGGUCGGCCUCGUCCAUUCACUGUCGAAGAGACUGCAGAUCUGUUCGACAUCAAGUCAGGCAGAUCGGGGAGCACUGGCUCUACGCCAUGCUCCGGACAGACAACAGGCAAGCCAGGCUGUGAAAGCCCGCAUGCAUGUGUCAGUCCAGGCAUCAAUUCCAUCCCGAUCCGGUACAGCCGCCAUCAGCGGCGUACUUUGCAGGCCCAGCGCCCCAGGAGGGGCUUCUGCCACAGCAAGCGUGCAAUCCAACCGCGGCACUGAGACCAGUGCCAUAUUCGAGAGACACGCCAGUUCCUGGCGCAUCAGAUCUUUGGUAUAUCCAUCGACACCCCACUCGUUGGCCGUACAAGCCAACGAUGUCCACGACCAAUUUGCGUCGCGGACAAUUGUGUCAAGGGUACUUCAAAGCGUCUUUCCGGUCUCUCACUUCUUGGAUUUAUCUCUUUGGCAAGCUCGUCAUGAUCUCGACCAGACGGCAUUGGCUCGCGGGGAAGGGAUUUCGAUGGGGUUGAUUGUGAUUUAA